AUGAUCAAUAAAACGUUAUUUGUUGUCUGGAUCACUAAAGUAAAAUACAAUCUUAUUGAAUAAGAUCAGAAGGCAAUGACUGUUAUAACAGAUGAAAAAGAGCGGUAAUCAAAAAAAUGCGGUCAAUUCGAAAAUUAUUAAUUAACUACACAAAAUGAUGUUUGAAUUAGAUUUAGAUACUUAAUUAUCCUUAUUGUAAUCAUUUAUGGCUUUCUAUUGAAUUUGUUUCAUGUUAACAAAUAAGAUAAUAAAUAAGCUUCAAUGCAAUGUAAAUUUUUAUCAUCUUCAAAAGUCGCGCUUUCUACGUUGUAAACAGAUUUCAGUUUAUUGUUAAGAGUAUUUCUUACUCGUCGGUUGAUUAUAUUUCAAUAAAACAUUAUGCUUUGUUUAUCGCUUAGUUUACUUAUUAUUUAAUCAUGUAAUUAUCUGAUUGUGACACUCAAAUGGUUAUUGUAAAGAUCCUAAUCAACUGUGACAGCAUUUACAUUAUUUUUCAAUAGGUAAGCUUUUUGUUUCAUUAUUACAAUAUUAUUUUGUUGAGGAAAAAAAAUCUUCCAGUUAUCAAGCCUAUUGUCAAUGAUUGUCUCAUUGAAUGCAAAUUUUUUCAACACCUUUUUCUCGUCUCAUUCAUUAAUUUAACCUAAUCAUUUGUGACAUUUGAUACUAAUCAAAUUAAAUUAUACAAACGAUUGAGAAUCGAUGAAAAAAAGAUCAAAGAACAACAAUUUGAUCGCAUUUUGUCAUUAAAAUUCUUGAUAUUCUGUUCAUUGUUUCUUAAUGCUAUCAGUAAAACCAUUAACUUAGAGGUAAAAAACUUGAGAUUUUAUUGAAUGAUUGAAUUAUUCAUUAAAGUGGUUUUUAACCAACCACCGAUUACAGUUGAUCAGUAAUCAUGAUCAAAAAAUUAUUCCUUUACUGUCUCAAGUAUUCAACUAAAAUCAGAUAUUUUCACGAAUGAUAAAAAGUAUUCAGAUUUGUCGUAAAUUGUCAACUUUUAGUUAACCAUCGAGCUUAGAUUGAAGAUUGAAACUAAUUCAGGAAGUGAAGAUGAUAUUAAUGAUUUUAGCUGAAAAAAGUAAGUUUUUUGUCAGCUUGAUACUUAAAUUUAAAAGCUUGUCAAACAGUUUUAAAACAAAACCAAUCUUAAUUAGCUUUAAAACCAAUCAAUUUCAAAAUAUUUUUUUUCGAUCAAUAAGAUUCUGCUUAACAUGUAUUCAAUUUGAAUCGAAGUAAAUGUUAAACAAAUGUUAAUUACUACAUUAUGGAUCAACUGAAGGCUUAACUCCAGCAAUGAAAAUUUAAUUGAAUCUAAUGAAAGAGUCCAAGUUGGAUCGAUUUUCAAUUGGCCGUAAUUUUUAAAGGCAAAGCUCUUUGAAUAAAUUGAAUAUUGAUUGAAUAUUUAAAACUAAUUUUCUGGAUAAAAUUGUUCAUUUUUUAGGCCUUCUUAAUGUCAAUCAAAUGGCCAAGGAAAAAAAUGGUUGAAAAAUUGCAGAAAAUGUACAAAAAGUUAAACUUCCUGGCAAUUGGUGGAUACCUUUUGUUAUAAUUUGGCAUCAACAUGGUGAAGAAGUUCUUGUUUUUCCCGAUCUCUACAAUCGACAUUUAAACAUACUUUUUUGGUACAAUUAACAAACAACUAAAAAAGUCAAGUCAAUAGGUUCAAUAAGAUGGUGAAUGUAAAGCAUGACAACGAGAAAAAAAUCCGCCACAUUUGAAUCAAUUUUCAUAAAAACCGCUUCUUCACCCAACAGCAGGACAAGAAUCUAUUCACCUGCUUCUUGAUUCAAUUAAACGCAACCUUCAUUGUUUUUCAUCUCUUUUUUCAUUGAUCAACUAUUGAUAUUAAGGAAUCACAAGGAAGUGCAAUUUGUGUCGGUUUAAGAGAUCGUUCUCGCCUUAUUUUCAAUCAAUAAUUUGCGAUCGAAUCUAAAUUGUAAAAUGGUUAAAUGGUUACUUGUUUAUCCAUCAAAUGGUACCAUCCAUGAACAAUGGACAAUAUUUACCCGCCUGUAUUGGUCUACUCCUCCCAUUACCUCAACAGUAGCUAAGUUAUGACACGAACCGUUACGUUGAAUAGCGAUUGGAUAUAUUUACUGAAUACUAAAUUGAAAGAAAAUCAGGAGAAAAAUGUUUACCCGUGGAAUAAGUGUUUACCUAAUUGUUGGACUAACCAUAGUUAACCUGAGUGAAUUAACGGUUGGUGAAAAAGAAAGAUUUGCCAAUUUUUAUGCUGCUCCAGCCAAUUUAGAGCUUAUUGCAAUGGCCAGUGAAAACUCGCCUCACCAUUCUCAGCGCUCUUCUUAUCGCGACCAUUCUCAUAACCAACAUCAUCAACAAUCCAGACACCAAUCUCAAUCUCAUCCAGAAUAUCGGGGCAAAUCAUCAGCUCCACCAUCCAGAAAACCUUCUUCUGAUUACAAUGAUGAACCCAGGUUUUCCAUUGGUUUAGGAACCCUGGCUCCAUCUUAUUCUCAAAAGUUUGGUGUUGAUGGAAAAACUCGCCUCGAUUUUGAUCAUCGGGCUAAUGGAUUUUCUUACACUUUAACCAAUAAUCAUCACCCAGGACCACAAGAAGAUCAACAAGGCUAUGAGGCUUCUCCACAAGAUUCAAAGUCUGCUGAUGCUAAUGUUAAAAUCUAUUAUGAUCAACGGUUCUCACCUUAUGCUGCUGCUGAGACAAACAAUUAUGUUUCACGAGUUCCCUACAUGAUAAGAAAUCCUCAACCAUACGGGCUUCGUCCCCUCCAAGAUCAACGUCAAGAUUCUGAUAACUCAAGAUUAUCUGACAUAUUUGCUAGAUAUGCACCAAAACAAAACGAACAAAACCAAGAAUAUAACGAAGAAGCUAAUCCCAAUGGUGGACCUGGAGGUCCAUAUUACGCUCAUGGUCAUGAAUCUCAAGCUGCACCACCUGCUUCUGGUCGUGAAUAUCAUAAUGACAUGUAUAGCCCAAGAUUUGACGAAAGUCACCGUAAACAAGGAGCAUCUGAAUUCCCUGAAAUUGGUGGAUCUUUCUUUGAAUCAUCUUCAGAUGAUGACGGUUCUGAUGGAUACAAUUAUCCUCUUCCCUUCCAAAAGAAAGACUCUUCAAGUUUUAUGAGCUCACAUCCAGAAGGAUCACUUGAAUACAUUAGUCGAAUCGCUGGAGGACCCAGCGAAUUCAAUGAAUUUUCUCAUGAUUCUAACCCUGAACCCGUUGUUUUCAGCUCAAUGGCCAACUCUUACAGUGGUCUAGAUAGUAAUGAUGCUUUCUCAGCUUACAUUGCUGGUCUUCCAUUAACUCCUUAACUUUUCUACAAUUCAUUUUAGAAUCUCUUUUUUUCAAAAAAUUAUUCAAUAUACUUAAUCAACUCACCUGUUUUUAACUUUGUAAACAUAAAUUACUCUAUUUAUACUAAUCAUCAAAAUCAAUUGUAAAAAGUUGUAAGCAAUAACCGUGUAAAAUAAUCAAGAAUCAAAGUAUUAAUUUCUCAAAUUUGAGAUGUUUGUAAAGAAUUUGAAUUUCUCAUUAUUUGUCAUAAAAUCAAGUUGUAUAUGAUUAUAUUUAAUAAUAGAAAAGUGGAUGAAAUUCACUUUUCUUAAUAAAACAAAAUUUACCAAAA